UUCUUUUGCAUUAAACAUGUCAUGAUCAUCAUUUGUGUAAUAUAAAUGUGUUAUAUGAUGAUGAUGAUAAAUACAUGCGUGCCAAACUAAACUUAUAACAACGGCGCGAUUCGAUGAAAUCGAAAAAAAAAUCCAUGUAAAAAAAAAAAAAAAACUUAUUAUUCUGACACUUGGACAACUAUGGUAUGUAUACCAUUAUAAAUCGCAAAUAACAACAACAAAAAAAAAGUCAACGAAAUAAAAAUAAAAAAAAAUUGUCGGAAACACCAAAUUUAUCGUGCCCAAAAUCGAAAUCAUCGACCAAAAAAAAAGAAGAGAAAGAAAGAGUGGCGAGAACCAGAAAAAAUGUUUAAAUAGCCGAUUGUUUACCAUGGCAAAAAAAAAAACACGAACAUAUUUGUUCACGUGCUUCCAUAACAAAUCUCUCCUGGUAUUCAUAAAUAUCAUCAUUAUCACCAUUUUGAAAGCUUUGUAAACAAAAAAGUAAGAAAAAUAACAGAAAAUUCUCCUAUCUCUAUUGCUCAACUUUUUUACUAUCUCUGAUGAUGGUAAAAUUUAAUUGAAAAAAAAAUAGUGAAUUCAAAUUUGUUAGAGAGAUCUGCCGCUGAAUUAUUUUUCAUCAUGACUUUGAAACGAUCAUUAAACGAUGUAAAUGAUGAUGAUGAUGGCCAUCAUCAUUAUAAUCAAGGACCAUCAUCAACUUUGAAAACAUUCGAUUCACCAUCUAAACGUCAACGUAAUAAUGUUCAAUUAUUGCAACAAUUUCCAUCAUAUCUAGUCAAAAUAAAUCCAUUCACAUCAAUGACUAUGCAUAGAAAUGAAUCGAAAUCUGUACAGAUAAUGGGCGCUUUGAUUUGUCAUCAAUGUAAUAGUCGCGUUAUUGGUCACAUAAAAUGUGAUUUUUGUGACCACAUAAUAUGUCAUGAUUGUCAACAAUUAUGUCUUAAAUGUCAUCGAUAUUUUUGUGGUCUUUGUUCAAUCAAAACUUAUGAUUAUUCAAAUGAAUGUACAAACGUUGCCAUUUGUUUCAAUUGUAACCAAUAAUGGAUUCAUAUCAACUUAAAUUAAUUUGACAAUUUGCUUCACUGUAAAUAAAAGAACAUUUUUUCCAUUUAA